AAAAUCAUUAAACCGUCAGCUUCAAAAGCAAUAAAUGUUUAAAAAGAUGAAAAUGCACCAAUUGGCGUAUAUUUUUCUGUUAAUGGGAACAUGCUUUGGUGAUUUAGUUAAUAUGACAUGUGAAUUUGUUGUAAUAAAUCCAGGAACUCUUCCAUACAUUUCUGGGUCUCAUUAUGGAUGCAAUCUUAUCGAUGAAUCUUUUUCAUUCGACUCAGAACCUAGUGAAGUUAUCGGAGAACAUGAAGAUGGAUUGCAAAAUACAGAAGUCGAUGUGCUUUCGAUUAUUGGCAAAGAGUUUUAUAAACUUCCAGAUUUAAGUGCAACAUUUAGUGAAAUAGUUUACUUAACUAUUCGAGGUACUCCGCUGUCAUAUUUAGAAAAUGAACAUCUUGUUCCAUAUGCAGAUAAACUUGUCUAUUUAGUUGUGAGAUCGUCAGCGUUGGAAAUUAUUGGAAAGAAUUUGUUAAGUGGAUUGGCGUUACUAAAAUCAUUAGAUUUGCGAGAUAAUAAAAUAUUUUACAUUCAUCCGGAAGUCUUCGGGAGUUUAAUUUUCAAUUCUUUGUUAUUUGAUGGAAAUGAAUGUAAAUCUUCAGGAGUUGAUGUCGGACAUUUUGAAAUUAGUCAAUCAACCUUACCAGAAUUUAUCACUAAAGUUAAAAGUUCAUCUUGUGGUUCUUUGGAUCCUGAAACUUUCGUCUCAAAAUUUGGUUCUACAAAAGUUGAAAUACUUACGUCGAUGCAAGCUUUAAUAACUCAGGCAAAACAAAUUCAAGAUUUACAAAAUACUUUUGACUCAUUUAAUACAUCUCUGGCCGUUGUUACAGAUUUGUAUAUGAAUGCAAGCUUAACUAUUUCUACACUCGAAUAUGAAAUAUCAGCUUUAAACAUUAGCAACGAAGAAUUUAAGUCAAAAUACGAAUUUGCAAAUUUAACACUAUUUACAUUGAAUUUGACUUUAUCUAACUUAAGUGUAAUUAAUGAGGAACUUUUGUCAAAUUACGAAAAUGCCAGUUCAACUAUUACAAAUCUAGAAUCACAAAUUACAACUUUGAAUGCCAGCAAUGAAGAUUGUAAAUCAAAUUAUGAAUCUGCAAACACGACAAUGUUUACACUAAAUUUGAUUAUUUCAAACUUAAGCGCUUCUUACGGAGAACUCAUGUUAAAUUGUGAAAAUGCUAAUUCAACUAUUUUAACACUUGAAUCGACGAUCAUGAAGUUAAAUACAACUAAUGAGCAGUGCAAAUUAAAAUAUGAUAAUCUUAAUCAUAGUUUCAAUGCUUUACAACUUCAUGCAGAUGAACUUGAAUUACAAAUUGAAGACUUGGAUGUAAAAGUUGAAAAAUGCUUGGAAGUUAAUGGAACUUGUCGCUUCACAAACGGCACUAAUGGAUAUACUUGCAUUGCUCAUAAUAUCACUAUUACCAACUUAACAGACACAGAGAUUGUUUGGACAGGAACUCAUAAUCCAAAUACAUUUAAAGAUCAAAAUGUCCAUGCUUUGAUUUUGCGGGACUUAGAUAUUCAAUACAUGCCUAAUACCAUAGGAAGUACAUUUGCAGACAUAAAAACUAUUAUUGUGCGUAACUGUGGACUUAAAAGGUUAUCGAGCAGUGAUUUUAAAGAUUUGGAUGUUCUUACAACUUUAGAAAUCACAUUUAAUAACAUUGAAACAUUUGAUUUAGAAGCUUUUGACAGUUUAGCAUCCCUUGAAACAUUAAACUUGUCUGAUAAUAAAAUUAAAUCACUUCCUUCAAAGAUCUUUGCCAUGUUACCAAAUCUUAGGUCUCUAAGUCUUGACCAAAAUGAGUUGACAUCUAUUAAAGCUGAUUAUAUUGCAACAUCAAAUUCAAUUAAAUAUUUUAGUGCAACUAAUAAUCAGAUAUCGAAAGUUGAAAGCUCAUUUGUAUGGAAAUUGAGAAGCGCAACUGUUGUAAACUUUUCUGGAAAUGGAUGCAACCAGAUGUUUAAUUCUACUAUUGGGAGCUACAUCACAUUUUAUAGUGCGAUAUUGUCAAAAUGUUAAAUGAUUUUUUUUUGAAUUUUAAAUGAAAAUUAAUUACUAUAAUAUAAUCAUGCUUAACUUUACAACUAUAUUGCUGUAUAAUAUUGAAG